AUGGAGACUCCGGCAGUCCAAUAUCUAUCUGAAUGUUUUAUCAGACCAAAGUACACUCCAGAAGAGUCGAAACAACCAGUUUACUUGGCACCAUGGGAUGUGGUUGCGGUCUUUAUGCACUAUAUGCAGAAAGGCUUCGUUUUUGCAAAGUCUCUGGCAUUUGACACUGAUGAGAACCAAAUUCAAGAAUUCGUGCAGAAACUAAAGGAGUCUCUUUCUAUAACCCUUGUUCAUUUCUAUCCAUUGGCUGGUCGUCUUGCAACACAGAAAAAAGAAGAGAAUCCUUCUGAUUUGGCAUUCUAUAUCGACUGCAGUAAAGGGCCUGGGGCACGAUUUAUUCACGCAUCCCUGGACCUGACUAUAGAUGAUAUAACUUCACCGACAGAUAUUCCUCGAAUUGUAGGAUCAUUGUUUGAUCACGGAAGGUCAGUCAACUAUGCUGGUCACACCAAGUCUCUGCUGACCAUUCAAAUCACUGAGCUGAUAGAUGGGAUCUUCAUUGGAUGUUCCAUGAACCACAUGGUUGGAGAUGGGACGUCUCUCUGGCAUUUCUUGGACUCAUGGUCGGAGAUAUUCAAAGCUGAGGGGAGGACAAGUGCUAUCUCAAGACCCCCAGUACAUGAUCGAUGGUUUCCACGAGGACCACAUGAUCCAUUUCUUAGACUUCCAUUCAUUCACCAUGAUGAUCAUCAAGUCAUCAUCAGCAGAGACAAAGCAAACACAUGGCUGGACGCUAUUACUGCUGUCUCAAGAACACCAGCACAUGAUGGAUUGCCUUCACAGGGACAACAUGAUCCAUUACUUAGCCAUCUACUUAGGGCCCGUGAUGAUCAAGUCAUCAUCAGCAUAGAUGAUGGAGAUAACGACACGAUCAGGGAAAGAAUAUUUCAUUUCUCAUCAGAGUCAGUGGCAAAGAUAAAGGCAAAGGCAAAUGCUGAACGCAAUACCAAUGAGAUUUCUUCUUUACAGGCUCUGUCAGCUCAUCUGUGGAGAUGUAUCACUAGGGCUCGAAACUUCCCAUUAGAUCGCCAAACAGCGUUCUUUACUAUUAUGAAUGUUAGAUCAAGGUUAGUUCCACCAAUGUCUCAGGACUGCUUUGGUAACUACCUAGAGCCAGCAAUGGCAACAACUGGCUGUGGCGAAUUGCUGGAACAGGGCCUAGGAUGGGCAGCCUGGCUGCUGCAUCAAGCAGUGAUCAAUCAUUCAAAUGAAUGGAUCAAUUCAUGGCUGCAAACGCCAAUCCUACCUCGUAGGGCUGAUGAGCCUGAUCCCAAUACUGUACUUCUGGGAGGCUCUCCACGAUUCAACAUGUAUGGAACUGAAUUUGGACUUGGGAAACCAGUUGCAAUCCGAAAUGGGAGUGGAAAUAAAUUUGAUGGAAAAUUGAUAGUGAGUCCAGGAGCCGAAGGAGGGGGAAGCAUGGAUUUCGAGAUUUGCCUUGUACCACAUGCAAUGACGUCUCUUGAAUGUGACAGGGAGUUUAUGGAGACCGUCUCUUAGUUUAUGAAGGGCAAGUUAAUUACUGAGUUCAAGAAUUGUUUUCCUGUAGCGAAUGCUAUAAUUUCAGACUCUCCAGGUAGCCGACCUGGUGGCGUUGCUUCUAGUUAGAGCAUCCACCCUGUCACAAAAAUGGGGAAAAACCCAACAACCCAAAUAAGGGUUUCCUGCAGUGAAUGCUAUAAUUUCGAUGCUUAUGAUG